GCUCAACCUUAACAUCCGGGCUGGACAUCUCUUGUCUGUUUAUGUUUUGUUGGGAAGUUUUUAUUUUACAUUGUUUAACUGUCAAAGACGCAGUCAAGUGGAUUCCCACUGAAAACCGCGACACGGCUUGAUAUUUUUUUUUUAAACUCCCAACGCGACAAAACUGGCCCCUCCACUGCCUGUCACCAUGCCCGCAUUGCUGGAGAGACCUAAGCUGUCCAAUGCGAUGGCCAGAGCCCUCCACAAACACAUCAUGAGGGAGAGAGAGCGCAAGAGACAAGAGGAGGAAGAGGUGGACAAAAUGAUGGAGCAGAAGAUGAAGGAGGAGGAAGAGAGGAAGAGGACCAAAGAAAUAGAGGAGAGGAUGUCUCUGGAGGAAACCAAAGAACAGGUGAUGAAGAUGGGUGAGAAACUUCAGGGAUUGCAAGAAGAGAAACACCAGCUGUUUUUACAGCUCAAGAAAGUUCUUCAUGAAGAAGAAAAGAGACGCAGAAAGGAGCAGAGUGAUAUCACAACGCUGACAUCAGCCAGCUACCAAUCCAGUCUGCCCAUGCAUGCAGGGCAGCACCUCCUCAACAUUCAAGGCAGUCCGGUCAGCCACAGUCGACCUGGUGCUCUACUUGGAGAACGAAGCAAACAGCUGUUCCCUGCUGCUGUGAUUCCAACACGUCACUAUCAGACACCUGGCUUCAGCUCAGCCUCUGCAGACCACGGCCAGUUCAGUGGGGGUCAGGGAGUUCAUGAGUCCUACGGGGUGGCUCAGUCCCAGCAUCCUUCCUCCUACGCCCCUGGACCCUCUGUACCUGUCAGUUUUGCAAGCAGCUCUCAAAUCAGAGGUGCCUCUGCCUUUCAAGCCAUGCAGUAUCUCCCCCACCAGCAGCCCGGCUACCCCGUCCACAGUCACUUCACCUCCCAGCCCGGAUACAUUCCUGGAGCAGGAAUACCACUGCAGAAGCAGCUGGAACAUGCCAACCAACAGUCAGGCUUCACUGACGCUGGAGCUUUGAGGCCUAUACAUCCACCAGCCAUGCAUCCUUCUGCUCCAGGAUUAUUGCCCACACCGUCAAUGGCCGUCCAGAUUCCCACCGCCAAGGCUCCCUUCCAGAGCUCUCCACAGAGCGCUCCUCGCCACAGCUUUCUGUCCCACAGUCAGAGCAGCCAGAGGUUCUAUCACCACAGCAAGUAACUCACCGCUCACUCUGAUCUCUGAUCGCCAUGGUUGCACAACUUCUCUCUUCAUCUGGGAAAAAAAACAUGGCGAGUAACUACUAAUCGACUUCCUCAAAGGGAGACAUCAGUUUGGAUUAUGCCACAUCAUGUUGGUUUUAUUUCCUGUAUAGAAUCUGGUUUUUAAGUUGUGUUUUGAUUAUGUUCAUAAGUGAGGAGCAGAGCUCAUGUUUCUGUGCUUCAGUAAACAUUCAGCUUUGACAUGACUUCAAAUGUUAAUUUGUAAGAUCUGAUAAUCAAACCUUCACUCUAAAGUCAUUCAGUAGGUGCUUUUGUGCCCUAUAAUAAAAAAUCUGCUAACCCAUCACAUUGAACCGAAAAACAAAACAUUUUUUGAUUUGUUAUAGUUUAUAAUGUUCUGUUUUAAAGCUUUUAUGUUGCUAAAUAAAAAGAUAAGGAAACGCCAA